AUGAGAAACAGUCGCGUACUUCUAAGUAUUCUCGUAACGUUCUCAUUGACUGUGAUAUGUUGCCAUGCAAAUACGUUUGUACAUAUACUCUUAGAAGAAGACGAUGGAAGACCAACUACAAGGGUAGACAUCAUCUCACUAGAGCAGCUUAAAGAACUUCGUGUUCCGUUAGGUACUGUUAUGAAACAUUCCGAUGUUUACAGUUUCAUGGAAACGUCUGAUGCUUGGUACAAGAUACUCGCUUCGUUUUCAUGUAUUCACAUUAUGUUUCUAUCGCUUCAGCUUAUGUACAAGACUAUCAUAACUACUUUCGCCCUGACGAGAUUGUUUGGAAAGAUGGCAGUCGAACAAAGAUAA